AUGUUUGGCAGUUUUGUUCUCGCGGGGGUACUCGUCCAGAUUGCAUGGGCAGAAAAAGUAGCAGAGCGCGCGGCUCAAUGCGCAGAUAACACUAAUUGCGCAGCAGAAGCAUGCAACGUUCUGAUUGAUGGUAAAUUGUAUUGCUCUAAAUGCAAGACAGAGCUCGUUGGUCACGCUCCUGUCAACGGGGUAUGCGCAGAUGUGUCGUCAAGCAAGGAAAUAUGUAAAAUAAACGCAGAAGGAAAAUGUACUGAAUGCGCUGGGCAAUCCUUCAUGUACAAAGGCGGCUGCUACCAAACGAGUCAAGCACCUGGCAGUAGCAUGUGUCAAGCGGCAGAUGCUGGUAAAUGCACGACAGCUCCCGAAUCGAAGGCUUACUUUGUAGUUCCAGAAGUAGAUAGGAAGCCAACCGGACAGACCGUUGUUUCGUGCGGAGACGCGACGGGCGUGACGCUUGCUGACAAGACGUACAAAGGCGUGGAUGGGUGCACGAAGUGCGAGGCACCUGCGCCAGCCGAUGCCAGCGGGGCUAAGGCGGCGACGUGUACUGCGUGCCAGGCGGAUAAGUAUCUGAAGACAACUACGGACUCAGCCACCUCCUGCGUAACAGAAAAAGAGUGCACGGAUGCCGCAGGCUUCUUCGUCGAUACAACGGGCGGUAAAAAAUGCAGCAAGUGCGAUCCUGGUUGCAAGACCUGUAAGACCGAGGCUGCGAAGUGCACCUCUUGCAAGGACGACAAGCCGUACCUGAAGAAGGAUGCCGGUGACACUGGCACGUGCGUCACUGAAGCUGAUUGCAAGAAUGGAAACACCCACUACGCCGACGACACUGAGCCGAAGACGUGCAAGACGUGCGCCGAGGGGACCUCCGACGGGUGUGCGACGUGCGAGAAGAGCGCCGAUGGAGCAGUCGCCUGCAAGACGUGCGGAAACCAGAAGAAGGUCCAGCCAAACAAGAAGGGGUGCAUAGCAAAGUGCCCGGAGACGGUGAGUGCCGAGAAGGAUGGCGUUUGUGAGUGCGUUGAGGGCUACGUUCCCGACAACGCGGGCACCGGGUGCACGAAGAAAUCCGACCCCCAGUGCAACACCCCCGGCUGCAAGACGUGCAGUGAGCCGAAGACAAGCAAGGAGGUGUGCACAGAGUGCGAAGACGCUAAGGCCCUCACGCCCACGGGCCAGUGCAUCGAUAACUGCGGAGAUCUGGGAGGCUACUACGCGGGCACCAACGAGGGGGGCAAGAAGGCCUGCAAGAAGUGCGAGGUCGAGAACUGCCUCCUGUGCAAUGGGCAGGGACAGUGCGAGACCUGCAAGGACGGGUACUACAAGAGCGGAGCCGCCUGUGCCAAGUGCGAUACCUCGUGUAAGACGUGCGCGAACGGGAACUCCAACGGGUGCACGAGCUGCGAGUCUAGCAAGGCCCUCAGCUACGAAGGAGAGGGCACGGGGACGUGCAAACCAGGAUGCGAGCCAAAUGCUAACAACUGCGAGAAGUGCGAGCUGACAGUCGAUGGCACGGCCUACUGCUCCAAGUGCAAGGACGCCAGCCAGUUCCCGCAGAACGGAGUCUGCUCGGCGGCGGCCGGAAAGGCUAUUACGUGCACUACUCAAAGAGAUGGUGUCUGCAACAAAUGCGCCAACGGAUUCCUUCGUAUGAACGGGGGCUGCUAUGAGACGACCAAGUUCCCCGGAAAGAGCGUCUGCAAAGAGGUACUGCAGAAUGGGGAUACCUGUCAGACUCUGGCCGACGGAUACAAGCUGGAUAACGGUGCGCUCACCACUUGCUCGGCCGGAUGUAAAACGUGCACUAGUAACACCGUGUGUACUGAAUGCAUGUAUGGGUAUGCAAAGACUAAUAAUGAGUGCAAAGUAUGCACCACUGGCUGUGCUACGUGUGCAGGAUCCACCUCAAAUUGCGACAUUUGCAGCACUGGGUACUACAAAUCUGGGAGUACCUGUGUGUCUUGCACAGCAAAUACCGCUGAUGGCACCAUCACCGGCGUCGCCAACUGCGCCAACUGCGCUCCUCCACUUAACGAUAAAGGGUCUGUCCUCUGCUACCUCGUACAGAGUGGCGAGAACACCAACAAGAGCGGUCUCAGCGCGGGCGCUAUCGCGGGUAUCUCCGUCGCAGUCAUCAUUGUUGUCGGCGGUCUUGUUGGGUUCCUCUGCUGGUGGUUUAUGUGCAGAGGCAAGGCGUAG